UUUAGCUUUGACCAAAGACUCAGAUUUUUGGUUAAACACACCGCACAGAGCAUCCCUCGUUAACGCAACACAAUCCAAAGAAUAAAAGAGGAGAAGAAACCAAGUAGAUUCAACAUCAUAUAUAUAUUUAUAUAUAUAUAUACACACACACACAUACAUACACAUAAAGAAACUAAUCUUAUAUACGAAAUGUAAUUUUUCAAAAUCUGAACCCCUUCCGACCCCCUAGCUCCGCCCCUAAUAGAGGUAAUGAAUUCUGAGUCAUAUCAUUCCCAUUAACAAAAAAAAUUAGGAAAAAGAAAUGCAGCCACAGGUGAGGGGACGGUUUCUCUAUUUUUUUUUAAAAUGAUGGUGGUCCUCGUGCCAGCUUGCGCGCACUUUGACCUUUUCACUGUUUACCUGAUACCUCCCACCAGUACAAGUACUGGUAACUCUAUUCAUAAAAGCUUGGACAGAUUGGAAGAAAUCACGUAACGUUUUUUGUGUCCGCAGGAAUGAGGUGUAGUGGAGGAUGGUUUCUCUAUCUCUUGUUGUUGUUAUGGGCUUGGUUAAGGGAGAAAUUGUAGCCAAAGCACACAACAUUAGCCUGCAGAUGUGAUUUGUCAAUAUUCUGCUUUGCUCUUUCCUUUCUUCUUUGUUGACUGUGUUUUUAUUGAUCUUGCAGGGCGGAGGCUGGUGUAACUCAAUAAAAACAUGUUCUGUUCGCCAGACAACAAAAUUGGGCUCUUCAAGGUUCAUGGAGCCUGAUGUUUUUCAUGGAAUUUUGGGCUCUGACCAAUCACUAAAUCCGGACUUCUUUGAAUGGAACAAAGUCAAGAUACGCUAUUGCGAUGGUGGAUCCUUUACUGGACACCCAGAGAGUGAAUUUAAAAAUGGAACGGGACUCUUCUUCAGAGGCCAGCUUAUUUGGGAAGCAAUAAUGGAUGAACUCUUGUCAUUAGGACUUUCUAAUGCUAAACAGGCUCUUCUUUCGGGGUGCUCGGCUGGAGGUCUGGCAGCUCUCAUACACUGUGAUGACUUCCGAGAGAUGUUACCCAAGGAUGUCAAUGUCAAGUGCCUUAGCGAUGCAGGUUUUUUCCUCAAUGAAAAGGAUAUUGCUGGAAUUCCCACCUUUGAGCGAUUUUAUGAAGAUGUUGUUAACCUCCAGGGUGCGGCUAAAAGUUUAAAGAAGGAUUGCACAUCAAGAUUGGAACCUUAUAAGUGUUUUUUCCCUGAAGAAUUUAUAAGCAACAUAAAGACCCCUGUUUUCCUUGUUAACCCGGGAUAUGAUUUUUGGCAAAUACAAAACGUCUUGAUACCUGAUUCAGCGGAUCCACAUGGAAGUUGGCUUAGAUGCAAGCUAAAUAUCACACUCUGUAAUUCCAAGCAGCUUGAAGUCCUGGAAGAUUUCCGGAAGUCUUUGCUCAAAAAGCUCGAUGGAUUUCAGCAAAAUCCAGAAGGAGGCAUGUUCAUAAUUUCUUGCUUUUCACAUUGCCAGACAUGGAUGACUGGGACAUGGCAUGCUCCUUAUUCUCCAAAAAUCGAUAACAAAACAAUUGCAGAGGCUGUAGGAGAGUGGUACUUCAACCGUAAAGCUGCAAAAUAUAUUGAUUGUCCCUAUCCAUGCAACCCUACUUGCUCUCAUUUUUCCCUAACUUGAAGGUAUGCAUCAGAGUAUUCUUGUUUUCUCUCCAUAGGGGUGAGCAUACUGGAAUCAACGGGUAAUAGUGAAGCUCACCUGCCAUAAGUUUAGCGUGGAUCUGUUCUUUUUUAAAAUCAAGAACUUCAUUUCAAAGUGUUCUAUAGAUUUUUUUUUUGGUGCUAGAGUUCGUUAUAUUGUUUCAGAUUGUAGGUUUUUACCCUAUAUUUUUUUUGUAAAUUCAACAUCAAUUUUCUCCAGAAUUAUGCAGAGAGAACGAGUUCGUAUUUACUUAAAUUCUUUAAAAA